UCAUUUGCUGAAUAUGUCAAAUUCUACUUCCUGGUUCUCUUAAUUUUUCAGUUUGCAAUGUUCACGUGAAUGUUUGACAACUUUACAAACUAUUUACCCGCAACCCAGACGGAUAAGACUCGUUAAAGUUCUUACCAGUGUUUGGUUUGCGCGCUUUGACGGGAAGAAGCUGUUAAUAUGUCCGCUAAUGGAGGCUCGCCGGUCGGCCUGUUGUCUUAUGAGACUCUGGUUCACGCUAUGGCAGGUGCAAUGGGCAGCGUGACAGCAAUGACCACCUUCUUCCCUUUGGACACAGCAAAAAGUCGACUGCAAGUUGAUGAGCGCAGAAAGUCCAAAUCCACACCAGUUAUCCUGGCUGAGAUAGCACAAGAAGAGGGCAUUCUCGCUUUGUAUCGAGGCUGGUUCCCGGUCAUCUCCAGCCUCUGCUGCUCCAACUUUGUCUACUUCUACACCUUCAACACGCUGAAAAGGCUGACGCCAACCAGGCCGCACCAGUCGAGACUCGGCAUAGACCUGCUCACGGGCAUCAUAUCAGGUGCGGUCAAUGUGAUCCUAACCACGCCCAUGUGGGUUGUCAACACUCGUCUAAAGCUUCAGGGAGCCAAAUUCAGAAAUGAGGACCUUCAUCAGACUCAGUACAGGGGCAUUUUUGAUGCAUUCUCCCAGAUCAUAGCAAAAGAGGGCGUAGGAACGCUUUGGAACGGCACUCUGCCUUCGCUCAUCCUGGUCCUCAACCCAGCUGUGCAGUUCAUGUUCUAUGAGUCCAUGAAGAGAAGGGCAGGGAAAGGAGGCAGAAAGAUAUCGUCAGCAGAAAUCUUCCUCAUUGGGGCUGUCGCCAAAGCCAUUGCUACAACCGCCACAUAUCCACUGCAGACAGUUCAAGCCAUCCUCAGGUUUGGCCAGUACAAAGGUGACGGCAAGGGCGGCCUGACUGGAAGCCUGGCAAACAUUUUCGCGUUGCUGAUGGACCGAAUUAAAAAGCACGGUGUUCUCGGUCUGUACAAAGGCUUGGAGGCUAAACUGCUCCAGACGGUGCUGACGGCCGCCCUCAUGUUUGUCGUGUACGAGAAGAUCACCGCCGCCACCUUCAAAAUUAUGGGCCUGCACAGGAAGCGAAUGUAGUCAAGUGAGUUUUGGUUUGUCGUAAACAUGAGGACGUCUCAGUGGAUGCACUCAGAGAUGGGACUGCAUAAAAAAGAAGCGGAAGAAAUGGAUUCUAUGUUUGCGUAUUUCCAUCUGGUUACUAUGUUAAACCAAAUAACGAGAUUAAAUAACAGCAAUUUUCCUCCAAUAGGGCCUGUAACCCAACCAUUCCUCAUAAGCGUUUGUAUUUUAAUGAUUAAGGUGACUAUUAAAAUUGGGUCUUAAUAGAUUGUCCUAAGACGGCGAUAGACAUACAAUUCCAUGGAAUGAUAGCUGCCAGCCCUCCCAAUUCAAAUGGAUUGGUUGGAUGUCUAUUGCCACCAAUGGCAGCCAGUAUACAGUACAGGCAAAAAGUCUGGACACACCUUCUCAUUUGUGUGUAUUCUUUAUUUUUAUGACUAUUUACAUUGUAAAAUUCUCACUGAAAGUAAUAUAACUAUGAAUGAAUACGUGUAGAAUUGUGUACAUAGCAAAAAAAAAAACUAAAAACGGAUAUUCUAGUAUCUUAAAAGUAGCUGCCCUUUGCUCUCUCACUCUUGCCAUUCUGUUGAUGAGCUUCAAGAGGGAGUCACCUAAAAUGUUUUUUUGACUACACAGGUAUGCUCUUUCAGGGUUAAUUAGUGGAAUUUAUUGCUUUAUCAAUGGGGUUGGGACCUUCAUUUGAGUUGCACUGAAUGAGGUGUGUCCAAACUUUUGGCCUGUACUUUAUAAAUUGUUAUAAAGUGUGAAGGAGGCAUUUCAAUGUCAGUGUGAGACUUACCUCUUUAACAGCACGCUGUGCCUGUGGUGAAUAUACCGCACCAGACAAUUUGCAUCACUUGGGUGCAACGUUUACAUGAAAAUAACUUCUGAUGCAUUUCUUACUUGAAGCCAUCAUCGCUUUUUUUCCCCCACAAACACUGUAUACUGUGCUAAUUCUCUGAAGUGAGUUUGCACUGUAAUCAGUAAUAAAAGUGUGAAUAAAAUCAAAUUCACUUUUCAGGUUUAUUUCAUAGCUUGCAAGCAGGAUAACACAAAUGUCUUAUUUUAGCUUACAUACUACGGCAAGUAUUUGUCCUUCACUUUAGCAUUUCAUUUACAGUGGUACCUCUACUUAUGAAAUUAAUUGGUUCUGGAAGUAUAUUCAUAAACUGAAUUGUAUAAGUAGAGACACGUUUUCCAUGUAAAUGUCUUAAUAUUUUCCAAGCCCCCCCCCAAAAUUCACACAUAAAUCUUUUGUAAAUAAUAAAAAUGCAUCAAACACAUGUUACUAUUGGAUUAUUGCACAAUAACAAUAAAAUGAGAGUUGUGCAUACCGUAAAAAUAAAACGUUAAUACACUCACGUACAGCUGACGGAACACCUGGGGCGAAUGAAGAGGAUGCUGGGAUACACACAUGCAGUAAAGUUCCCUCUUAGCUAAUUGAAUGCUAUAAGUAUGUUAAGUUCAGAAUACUCUGGGAGCUGCGAGUAGCAGCCCAUACUGUAUUUUUGCCUUUCAUAUCCUGAAAUUUCUUUUUGCAACAAAAGGCAGUAUUUUCCCAUUGAGGUGUUUUAACCUGAAAAUUCUUUAUGUAGAGACGUUCGUAAGUUGAGGUACCUCUGUUUUUUCUGCUGACAUCAAAACUAAAAUGCAGUUUAGCACGUACUGUCAAUAGUUUGAUCAUAGUGGGAGUCACAUUGAAUUCACUUAAAACAAGGUUGUUCAAACUUUUUUCAGAGGGCCGGUUUAAGACAGGGUUUAUGCGGGUCAUUAAAAAGUAUUAAAAGUCGUUAAAUGGAUUUUGUCAAAAUUCAGGCCUUAAUAAGCAUUAAACUAAAUUAGGCGUUAAAAUUUAUGCUAACUUGACAUUAAAAACUUUUUUUUUUUUUUUAAACAUCAUUACAGUUGUCCAGAGGUGGGUGGAGUAGCCAAAAUUUUUACCCAAGUAAGAGUAGUGUUACUUCAAAAUAAUAUUACUCAUAUAAAAGUAAAAGCAGUCUUCCCAAAAAAAUUACUCAAGUACAAGUAAAAAAGUAUCCAGUGAAAAGAAUACUCAAGUAAUGAGUAACAUUGUGAGUAACAUAUUUUUGUUGGAUUUUUUUUUUUUUUAAACAAUGGUAUUUUUCUCUUAGCACAAAGUUAUCUAUAUGGACUGUUAUUAUAAUGAUACUGAACAAUAACCAAUUACAUAACCACAUUAAGCCAUAAAAAAAUGGG